UUAGGUGAGAGAGAGAGACUACUAUCUCCCCCCUCAUUUUCAAUCCAUAAAAACCAAGCCCAAACUUACCAUACCCCUCUCAUCAGUCCCAUUCCCAUCACCACAGUAACCACCACCACCACCACCACCAUGGAAGCCAGUGCCGGACUAGUUGCCGGUUCACACAACCGCAAUGAGCUUGUUGUCAUCCAUGGCCAUGAAGAGCACAAGCCUUUGAAGGAUUUGACAGGUCAAUUCUGUGAGAUAUGCGGCGAUGGAAUUGGUCUGACGGUGGACGGAGACUUGUUUGUGGCCUGCAAUGAGUGUGGUUUUCCGGUGUGUCGCCCGUGUUAUGAGUAUGAGAGAAGAGAAGGCUCCCAACUGUGCCCUCAGUGCAAGACCAGAUACAAACGUCUCAAAGGGAGCCCAAGAGUGGAGGGAGAUGAAGAAGAAGAAGAUGUGGAUGAUAUUGAACACGAAUUCAAAAUCGACGACGAACAAAACAAGAACAAUCAACUUGCAGAAGCCAUGCUUCAUGGCAAGAUGAGCUAUGGAAGAGGUCCAGAGGAUGAUGACAACGCCCAAUACCCACCUGUCAUAUCUGGUGGUCGCUCCCGCCCGGUUAGUGGUGAGUUCCCCAUAUCAGGUAGUCAUGGAGAUCAGCAGAUGUUAUCUGGUUCGCUACAUAAACGUGUGCAUCCAUAUCCAGUUUCCGAGCCUGGAAGUGCAAGAUGGGAUGAAAGGAAAGAGGGAGGGUGGAAAGAGAGGAUGGAUGACUGGAAAUUUCAGCAAGGCAAUCUGGGGCCCGAAGCAGAUGACUUGGUUGACCCUGACAUGGCCAUGCUAGAUGAAGCAAGGCAGCCACUCUCAAGGAAAGUACCAAUUGCAUCUAGCAAGAUCAACCCAUACCGGAUGAUUAUUGUGACUCGACUUGUUGUGUUGGCCAUCUUUCUCCGGUACAGAAUCUUGAACCCAGUGCACGAUGCCAUUGGGCUCUGGCUAACUUCUGUGAUCUGUGAGAUUUGGUUUGCUUUCUCAUGGAUUCUUGAUCAGUUUCCUAAAUGGCUCCCAAUUGAUCGCGAGACCUAUCUUGAUCGCCUUUCUCUCAGGUAUGAGAGGGAAGGGGAACCAAAUAUGCUAGCUCCGGUAGAUCUCUUUGUCAGUACGGUGGAUCCCAUGAAAGAACCUCCUCUUGUUACUGCAAACACAGUUCUAUCAAUCUUAGCAAUGGACUACCCUGUCGACAAAAUCUCGUGCUACAUUUCUGAUGAUGGUGCUUCGAUGCUUACUUUUGAAGCACUGUCGGAGACUGCAGAAUUUUCCAGGAAAUGGGUUCCCUUCUGUAAGAAAUUUUUAAUAGAGCCUCGAGCACCAGAGAUGUACUUCUCUCUCAAAAUUGAUUAUCUCCAGGACAAAGUCCAGCCAACAUUUGUCAAAGAGAGGAGAGCAAUGAAGAGAGAGUACGAAGAAUUUAAGGUUCGGAUUAAUGCGCUUGUUGCAAAAGCCGUGAAGAUUCCCCUAGAAGGGUGGAUCAUGCAAGAUGGAACACCAUGGCCAGGAAAUAAUACCAAAGAUCAUCCGGGUAUGAUUCAAGUCUUUUUGGGUCACAGUGGGGGCCUUGAUGCAGAAGGAAAUGAGCUUCCCCGUCUAGUCUAUGUAUCUCGUGAGAAGAGGCCUGGUUUCCAACAUCACAAGAAAGCCGGUGCCAUGAAUGCCCUGAUUCGUGUAUCCGGAGUGCUUACCAAUGCUCCAUUCAUGCUGAACUUGGAUUGUGACCAUUACAUAAAUAACAGCAAGGCUGCCCGAGAGGCAAUGUGUUUCUUGAUGGACCCACAACUUGGCAAAAAGGUUUGUUAUGUUCAAUUCCCUCAAAGGUUUGAUGGCAUUGAUAGGCACGAUCGAUACGCCAACAGAAAUACAGUCUUCUUUGACAUUAACAUGAAAGGUCUAGAUGGAAUCCAGGGUCCUGUGUAUGUCGGCACAGGAUGUGUCUUCAGAAGGCAAGCAUUAUAUGGUUACAAUCCUCCAAAGGAUACAAAGCGCCCGAAAAUGGUAAGCUGUGACUGCUGCCCAUGUUUUGGACGCCGCAAAAAGCUUCCAACAUAUUCUAAACACGGUGCAAAUGAAGAAAGUGCAAACAUUCAAGGAUUUGAUGACGACAACGAGCUGUUAAUGUCCCAAAUGAAUUUUGAAAAGAAGUUCGGACAGUCUGCGAUAUUUGUGACUUCUACCUUAAUGUUUGAAGGUGGGGUCCCUCCUUCCUCAAGCCCGGCAGCCCUGCUGAAAGAAGCCAUUCACGUGAUCAGCUGUGGUUAUGAAGACAAAACUGAGUGGGGUACUGAGUUGGGUUGGAUUUACGGCUCUAUUACAGAGGAUAUCCUAACAGGUUUCAAGAUGCAUUGCCGUGGUUGGAGAUCCAUAUACUGUAUGCCAAAGAGGGAUGCAUUUAAAGGGUCUGCUCCUAUCAAUCUAUCAGAUCGUCUUAACCAGGUGCUUCGUUGGGCUCUGGGUUCAGUUGAGAUUUUUUUCAGCCGUCAUAGCCCAGUUUUUUAUGGCUACAAGGGAGGGAAACUUAAAUGGCUUGAGCGCUUUGCAUAUAUCAACACAACUAUCUAUCCUUUCACCUCCAUACCUCUACUUGCAUACUGUACGCUCCCCGCCAUCUGCUUGCUCACAGACAAGUUCAUUAUGCCAGAGAUAAGCACCUUUGCCAGUCUCUUUUUCAUUGCCCUGUUCAUCUCAAUCUUCACAACGGGCAUUCUUGAGCUGAGGUGGAGCGGAGUAAGCAUAGAAGAGUGGUGGAGAAACGAGCAAUUUUGGGUUAUAGGUGGUGUGUCUGCACACCUGUUUGCUGUUGUACAGGGUCUACUCAAGAUUUUGGCAGGUAUUGACACAAACUUUACUGUCACAUCCAAGGCAUCAGACGAUGAGGACUUUGGAGAGCUAUACGCUUUUAAAUGGACCACCCUACUUAUACCUCCAACCACAAUCUUAGUCAUCAACCUUGUUGGGGUUGUAGCUGGAAUUUCAGAUGCCAUAAACAACGGGUACCAAUCGUGGGGUCCACUGUUUGGAAAGCUCUUCUUCGCCUUUUGGGUCAUUGUACAUCUCUACCCAUUCCUAAAAGGUCUCAUGGGGAGGCAAAACAGGACACCCACCAUUGUUGUUAUAUGGUCAGUGCUUUUGGCUUCUAUCUUCUCUUUGCUUUGGGUCCGGAUUGACCCAUUUGUGAUGAAAACAAAGGGGCCCGAUGUCAAGCAAUGUGGCAUCAAUUGCUAAAAUGUUUCACUUUGUUUCUUUUUGAGAUUUAUGCUUAUCCGGAGAAAUACAUGUAAAUUUUGUAUGUUUACCGGUGUGAUGUAUGUACCAGCAAAAUGGAGUUGCAGAAGAAAGAAUAAAACCAGAGGGGGAGAGUUUUGUUUAGCUGAAUGAAUUGUACUCGGUUUUUGUAUGUGAAUGAAAGAAAAAUGUUGCACACAGUUAUUUUGA